AUGGGUGAACUGAAAUUCGGAUAUGGUUGCAAAAUGCUAUUAGUAAUUAUAGUGAUGAUAGAAGUAUUAGAUAUUUGUAAAGGGAACCAAUGUUUUAAUCCAGACACUGUUUCUGAUGUACAUAUGGACUCUAGAUUUGAUUCUGAAUAUUUUCUAGUCCAGGCUUCAAUAGGACCUGUUGAUUGUAUUAGAACAUGCAAAUCAUGUGGAUUAUGUAAGUUUGUGAAUUUUAACAAAAGGACUCUAGAUUGCUCACUCCUGGCAGUAGAAGGUCAGUUGAUCACUGACAAUGAUUAUAUUUCUAUAGAGUCUUAUAAAUGGAAUGAUAACAUGAUGGGUGUAUGUAAAGAUCAUAACUGUCCUUAUAAUACAUUGUGUGUGGUAGAAGAUGAUAACUAUACCUGUAUACCAUUAGGGUGUUUAAUACCACAAAUAGAUAAUAUCAAUGUCACUUCCUUCUACAGUAAGUUAUUGUGGAAUUUUGGAGAAGUUGUAGAGUAUGCUUGUGAACAAGGCUUUUUUACCCGCACUAAUGCUACUUGCUUGAGUACAGGCCAAUGGAGUGACUUUCAGUGUACUGCUUUUUCUAAAUGUGGUGAUAAUUCAGUCUGUGGUCUACAAGAAGAGAAGUUUUACUGGCUCCUCCUGAUUGCUACUGAGACUCGACAGAAGGUCCAUUGUAAAAACGCAAUUGGCCCUUCAAUAUUACUAGCAGAAUACAACAUGGCAUCAACUCCUGCAUACAAAAGAACUGCUGGAUCAUGUGACUUGAUUCCUGAACCAGAGCCACAGGCGCAUGAUAUGGGUUAUACAGAUUAUCAGAUGACAAGAGUAAUACUGAAUCCUCUGAGCACAAAGAUAAAUAGUCCAGGGUUUAGUAAUUCCACGUACAGUCUUCAGGACUUUGGAAAAGCCGGGGAUUGCUAUGCUGGAGACAACAGUAGUGAAUGUGGUGUCAUUGGAAGAUUCAUUAUCAAUACUCGUAACACUGGCUACAAAGUUAAAACAUCAGUUAAAUGGAAAACUUGGGGUACAGCUGGGGUGAUUGCUAACAUUACCUGGUCACCAGAUGGUCAUGUGAUUGAGGGCUAUUGUGGGGGUAAUUGUGGAGGCUGUGAAGUUGAUGGGAAAAUUCUGCUGGAGUCUGACCCAGAUUUUACCCCACUCUUUGAGUCAGCAGAACUAUCAUUUUGUAGAUUUCCACUCUAG